AUGCCUAUCCGUCACAAUGUCAACCAACAGAACAGACCAGCUCUCCAGCACAUUGACGAGUCUGCAACCGUGCCUGAGUCUCCUCAAGAUGCUCUUACCAUCAAGUUGGACGGCACUUCUGGAGUCUACCGUAUCUCCAAAGAUCUUCUAAUCCGCAAGAGUGCAUUCUUUCGCACCAUGCUCGGAGGCAUCUGGAAGGAGAGUGAAAGUAGCGUCAUAACGCUCCAUGAUGACAAUCCGCAAGCUCUCGAGUUCGUGCUUCAGCUCCUUCAAUCCAAACACCAAGUUCCCGCCUCAUACUUCAGCCCGAAUUCAGAUGUUGCGAAGAGACAGUUCAUUGCGCUUCAUGCCUGCCAGAUCGCGGAUAAAUACGACAUCCCCGAAGUGUCUGGCCAGAUGAUAGACUUCCUCUUGAACGAGGCCUUUAUAUUGGCGAGGCAGCCGAACCCAGCUUCGUUCAUCAUCGAGCAUCACUGCGAUGUGGCAAGGGGCGCCUUUGGGGGACAUUACCCGGACAAGAUUCUGAACGAGGUAUUCAAUUACUAUGUCUACAGGCUGGAUCAUCGGGGCAAGCACGACUCAAGCAAGGCUCUUCUCACGCAUAUGGCACAAGACAAUCCUCAUGUGCUGGUCGAGAUGAUCAUGAGUGAUCUUAGAUCCUCUCCAGUUUAA